UUCAAAACUCAUAUUCAUUUCGAAAUCCCUGGAAAAAGCUUGAUGAUGUCAGGUGACACACCUCCUAGCUCCUCAUAUUAACUCAAUUGUAAACUAAAUAGCAACAUAUCGAUAUCACAACAACGCAGCUAGCUGCAUACAUCAGCCUACUAUACCGGUAAGUUCCACACGAGAUCUACACCAUAUGGCGCAGUAUAUUUUGUAACCCGUCAGAUGGCGCUAGACAUCGUUGCACUGGCUGCAUUAGCCAAAAUCAAUUUUGGUAAACUAUUUUCGUUAACUAUAUUACCGUACCGUAUUAGGUUCUAAUUCAAACAUUUACACAGAAGGGCAAACUUUACGGAGCAACUUAUCUACAGUAAUGGAUACUACGUAUGUAAUACAAACAAAAAAGCAGAAUUUAGUGUCUGAUACACUCACCGAUUUAGCCAAAGAAGACUCGUUAUCCCAUGGGCUCAGCUGUCAACCGACUGAUCAGCUUCCAUGCAAUGUCAACGACGAAGAGAGGCGGGAAGAUUUGAAUGGGGAUGCGAAACAGAACUCGCCCGAAACUCCUCCGACUAAUAACGAUCCUUGCUCGCCUGCUGCUGCGGAGCAAAACAGCAGCGGAUUUGGAGACGAGAUUGGACCGGAUGAAGAACACAAGAGUAAUGAUUCCGAGUCAGACGAAGAAAAUGGAAAUCUAUUUCCUUCGAUAUUUCAGACAGAUAAUCUCACUCAUGCUGAACGUUUGCAAGCAUAUGCAAGUAUUUUCCUGGCAAAAUCGGAAUCAUGGGACGACAGAAGUUUUGAUAUUCAUCAGGAAUUGUAUCUUUUCUUGACUGAAGCAGUCGUGAACUUUUGGACAGGGAUCUGGAAAGUAGAAAAUAAUUGUGACGUUGUUAUUGAGACUGACUAUGCUCCACAUCCAGAAAGCAGACAGCAGCACCUGAAGGCCAAAGUGCACAUCAGUGAACCCUUCCUGUGCAUGGUUGAUGGAGCUCUUUGCACAGAGGAAAAGUCUGGGGAGAGAGAUGAAGUGGAAAGGAAGAUAAGAGGAAUUCUAGAGAAAUCAGAGGGACUUGUUGACCUCACAGACCUCUAUCCUGUCUACAACAAAACUGGCCUGCUAGACAACACUGCCUUGGCUAUCGAACAUGCUAGGUUCUUCUACCAAAAUCUUUGGAGACCUAUGGAUGAUGAGGAUGACCUAAGUGGAUCAAAGUACAUGGAUAAAUAUCUCAAACCAAGACUAAAAUUUGUAUAUGACGUCAAGGAGAAGCGAAUUCCAGCCCACAUCGUUAGAAAGCACCAGAUGGCUCUUUCAGAAUGUCUCGACAAAUACGACCGCAUCGCCUCUCUUCAGGCUCAGCUGGAAGAUGGUGAUGGUAGCGAAGGCGGUGUUGAUGAACUGGACAUGAAUGAGAGCUGUAUGGUGGUUGACAUCAUGGGGCUUAAUGAAGAGAUUGAAGUCCUUAAGAUGAAAAUGGAGAAACUUGAGAACCCUGUCUUGAGGUCUUUGAUGGAUAUCCCAAAUGCAAUGCUAUUGGAGAGGAGUACUUUGGGAAGCCAAAGUAGAGAGGACAGCUCGCCAAAGACAUUCCUAGUCACUAAGACAUUAACUGCUGGUAUGAUACAGAAUCUCAACCUAGGUCCUGAUGUGGUCUUAGAGCACUGCAGAUCACCCGGGGAAGCGCUGUCAAGGUCCUACAACAGUGACACCAUCCUAAUCUUCCCUGGUUCCUACACUGGUGAAAGAUUCUAUACCCUCCAGCAUUCUGUCACUAUCAAGGGAGUAGGAAAAAGGGAGGAUAUUAUCAUCAGAUGUGAAGAGUUGGCUGACAUCUUCUUGGACUGUGACGCAUCUGGGGCUAUGAUUUCCAACCUUACCUUACAAGAUGAUAACAGUGCCACCAGUGAGGGCCUCAUUGCUGUACGUGCAGGAGGCAGUUUAAUGAUGAAUGGCUGCUUGCUUCAAAGUGGUGGAACAGGUGUUAAUGUCUUCAGAGGAGGUUCUUUAGAGAUGACAGGAUGCGAGAUCAAAGACAUCCAGAGGAAUGGAUUGAGGUGCAAGGCGGGUUCAUCUGUUAUCAUCUCUGAUACAAACAUCCAUCGUUGUGGGUUACACCAGCUUGCUGAGGAAGAUGGGAGUGAUGUCACUGAUAUCACCAAGGACAGUCUAACGGCUGGUAUAAUGGUUGAGAUCCAGGAGAGCGAUGAGAAAGACGAUAAGACAACUCUAACCCUGGUGGAUACCAAGGUCUAUGAUAACCAUGGCGCAGGAAUGGCCCUCCUUGUGGGAUCAAACAAAGAAGAGGAGCCGGAACCCAUCACCACCGAUGUCAUCGAGUUGAUCUCUGGUGUCAAUGUUCUUGACAUGAAGAAUAAUGAUUUCAAGGAUAAUUUACUUGGAGAUGCAAUGCUGGCACGUUUUGUUGAUGAUUAGAUGUUCUCGAUAUGAAGAAUAAUGCUAUCAAGGAUAACUUACUUGGAGAUGCAAUGCUGGCACGCUUUAUUGAUGAUUAGAUGUUCUUGAUAUGAAGAAUAAUGAUUUCAAGGAUACCUUUCUUGGAGACGCAAUGAUGGCAUGCCUUGUUGAUGAUUAAAAGUUCUUGACAUGAAGAAUAAUGACAUCAAGGAUAACUUACUUGGAGAUGCAAUGCUGGCCAUUUUUGUUGAUGUUUAGAUGUCCUUGAUGUGAAGAAUAAUGAUCUCAAGGAUACCUUACAUAUAGAUGCAAUGCUUUGAUGAUGAUUAGAAAUCUAUUUAGAUGUAUUAUGUUGAGUAGAGGAUAGGAAUGUUAACAGAUUACUCUUCAGGGAAGUUUUCACUCUCUUGUCUGUCCAGAACGUUGAUGGCCAGAAUACACAAAGUUGGUUUUGAAACAGAGGUUUAAAAUCAUGGUGUAUGCUGUG